UUUUGUGCAGUGAGAGUGACGGAAAAAAGGCACAAUUAAGAACGAGUGUAAGUGGCCUAAAGACCUAUAUUUGAGUCGAGUUUUGAUUAUUCCCGAAAAUUAAGUGUAAAUAGGAUUGGGAUAGUCGCGUUCCCGGCUCCGGGUGAUAGCAAAAGUGACGUGUUGAAGAUAGCGAAAGAUUCCAGAGGGCGGAAAUAGGUUUCGAAUUAGAAGAAAUACAAAGACAGUGGUGUAAAAGUGAAUCGAAGGGGAACUUGAAUCUGUGAAUGUAUAAGUGCGCGUGUAAGCGAAGAAUACGGCGAGCAAGAAUGAAAUUCGCGAUUAUUAUUGCGAAUUUAUAGAAUCACCCCUCGGUGGUGUGUGUUUGCGAAUUUUAUUUUUUAUUCGACUCGCGAAUUUUUGCUUCCUGCUUUUUACGACCGUUUGUGUAUGCAGAAAGGCGCGAGUGUAUAUCAGCAUUGGGAAAUUGUGCAGAAAUUUCCGGCUCAUAGAGCAAGCCGUGUGCUGUUUCUAAUUUCUCGUGACUGUGGCCGUGACUCCAGAGUGUGUGAUGGAGGCGCCACCUUUUGUCCCAUUUGUGUCACUGUGUUAGUGGUCUAUGCAUGUGCAGCGAAUCCAGUGAACGACAAUGGCCCGAAUUUGCUACAGCUGCUAUCAGCGUUGCAAUUCCGCAGCCGAGUGACAUCGAAGCUGUGUUUUUGACACCACCCCCACAACCCAGGAAAAGCUCUCCGGAGGCCACCCCACCCCCCGCUGGUGUAAAAUUUCCUCUGCUAUUUUCGGUGUAUGUGCAGCUCUAGUGCUCGGUUGCACUUGUGCUCCUUUUACCGACCUUGAACUAUAUACUGCACUCGUAUAACUGGCCUCGUUUUGCUGCUGCUGCUUGCUGCAUCUCUUCCUGUUGCAUCCCGGGAAAGGCACGCGUUCUGUGCGCAUAUUUCGGGAUCGACCUGCAUCCAGCUUGCAUUCGAACGUGUGUGUGUUUGUUGGUGUCCGUGUGCAACCCGAUGACCGACAAUCUGGGUGUUUUUUGGAGUGCAUUCCCGUUGGCAUCCGACCAGGUCCAAUGCUGCCACUGUUGCCUGAGAAUCUCGUUGUCGUCAUUCAGUCAAGUGCUACCUGAUGGAAACGGGCUAACUACGAAGUGUCUCGCGUGCGUACUCGAAUAUCGUUAGUACAAAGUUCCAAAGUGUUCAACCCCGCAUCCGUAGCGAAGUUUUAUGGAAAAUCUCCCCCCAAACAUCUUAACGUAGCAAAGUGUUCAAAAGCAGAGAAAAGUUGAUAGAAAUAUUUACAGUGUUCAAGGAUAAGAAGAAAUCCAACCAGAAGAAGAAGAAGAAAGUGUUUGUGUGACCCCAGUGCAGAAAAAUAGCCUCGCCAACCAUGCACGAAGAAGCCUCAUCGACGGCCAGUUCUUCCACCAAACCGACCAACAUCAUCUACACCAACAUCAAUGGCGGGGGUGUCCUAUCGGGCGGGGGUGGUGUAACUCAUCUCAACGGAAAUCUCCUUAUAACGACCACUCCAACCGUGCAGGACGCAUCGUCCUCCCUGUACGAGCUGGUACACCAUCAGCAUCAUCACCAGCAGCAACCAUCCUUUCAGCAGCAGCACCAUCAACAGGUCAUGACAACGACCCAACCACUCCAUUCAACCAAAAUCAUUAUCACUAAUCAGCCGCUAAUCAGCACCACUACCGCAACUAGUCCAGCCGGGGUUCGAACCCUUCAGCAUCACAUGCAGCACCAACCACAAAACCAACAUCACCACGUUCAAUCCACUUCGUCCUGCAGCUCCAGCAGCGGCCCGACCUCGUCCGGAACGACCACCAUUCUCAUCAAUACGGACGACGGAUGCUCCGCUUUCGAUACCGUAGCGGCCGCUGCUGCUGCCAUCUUCGAAUCCGACCCCGGCGGACCUUCAGCCGAAGUCCUCACGGCAGAUACGGCUGUGGCGGCGGCUGCUGCUGCCCUCAUUGAUCUGCACCCGUCGUCUUCGUGCAGUUCGGCUGCUUCAGCCCCAACUGCCGACGGCACGCUGCACAUUCAGGAGCUCGGAAUAGCGUCCACAACUGUUGCUGGAACAACGACAUCGACCUCGUCUUCGACCUCGGCAUCUUCAUCCACGGUGGCCGAUCUAGGAGCAGUGGGAGCCGGAGGAGUGGCGCUGCACGAGCCCAUCGAGAUUAAGAUUCCAUCGGAGGGGUCCUUUGCCGAGGGAUCCGAUGGUGGCUACCACGACAACAUCUCCCAAACGCAGUCGAACUAUCUCGCGAUCCCCCCGUCAGGUACUACCGCCAUUGAGCCGACCAGUCUCAAUAACCUUAAUGUCGUAUCCGCCAUUCAAUGCGAUCAAACUGAUUUUAAAUAUUUCAUUGAAGAACUGUGCCCGGUGUGCGGUGACAAAGUUUCAGGCUACCACUACGGACUGCUGACGUGCGAAUCGUGCAAGGGCUUCUUCAAGCGUACCGUCCAGAACAAGAAGGUCUACACCUGCGUCGCCGAGCGGCAGUGCCACAUCGACAAGACCCAGCGCAAGCGCUGCCCGUACUGUCGCUUCCAGAAGUGUCUCGAGGUCGGCAUGAAGCUAGAAGCUGUUCGCGCCGAUCGGAUGCGUGGCGGGAGGAACAAAUUCGGGCCCAUGUACAAACGCGAUCGGGCGCGAAAGCUUCAAAUCAUGCGACAACGACAGUUGGCCAUCCAGGCCUUGCGGGGGUCGAUCGGUGGCGGCGUCGGUAUCGGGCAGCUCGGGUCGGACGGUGCCUCGGCGCAACUGCAGGGCAUCGACUACCACCAGCCGUACUCCAACAUGCACAUCAAGCAGGAAAUCCAAAUACCCCAGGUGUCUUCGUUGACGUCCUCGCCCGAUAGCUCACCUAGUCCGAUCGCCAUCGCGUUAGGUCAAGUGAACCCGCAGACGACGAUAUCGCUGAGCAGUGGCGUCGGAGGUAAUGGCAGCAGUGGAGGCGGAAGCGGUGGAGGUGGCAGCAACAACAGUUCCGGUGCGGGCACCGGAGGUUCAAACUCUACGUCUACGGCUAUCCAGAACCAGCUAUCGGAGUCCAAACUAUGGAUGAGCGCUAACUCGACGACCGCCUCGCCACAUUCGCUAAGUCCCAAAGCGUUCAGCUUCGACAGUGGAACGAAUCCCACCAGUACGGCCGACUCGGGCAACCCAGCGGACACCUUAAGGGUAUCGCCGAUGAUUCGCGACUUCGUACAAUCGAUCGACGACCGGGAGUGGCAGACGUCGCUGUUCUCGCUGCUGCAGAGCCAGUCCUACAAUCAGUGUGAGGUGGAUCUCUUCGAGCUGAUGUGCAAAGUAUUAGACCAAAAUCUGUUCUCCCAGGUGGACUGGGCGCGGAACACGAUAUUCUUUAAGGAUUUGAAGGUGGACGACCAGAUGAAGCUGCUGCAGAACAGCUGGUCCGACAUGCUGGUGCUCGAUCACAUACACCAGCGGUUACACAACGGGCUGCCGGACGAAACCACCCUGCACAACGGGCAGAAGUUUGAUCUCUUAGGUUUAGGACUGCUGGGCGUGCCGAGCCUGGCCGAGCACUUCAACGAGCUGCAGAACAAGCUGCAGGAGCUGAAGUUCGACGUUGGCGACUACAUCUGCAUGAAAUUCCUGUUGCUGCUGAAUCCCGUAGAAGUACGGGGGAUCACGAACCGGAAAACGGUGGUCGAAGGCUAUGAGAACGUGCAAGCAGCGCUGCUGGAUUACACCCUCACCUGUUAUCCGUCGGUGCCUGAUAAGUUUAGUAAGUUGCUCAGUAUUAUUCCGGAAAUCCACGCGAUGGCCACCCGUGGCGAGGAGCACCUGUACAUUAAGCACUGUGCCGGCAGUGCGCCUUCCCAGACGCUACUGAUGGAGAUGCUGCACGCCAAGCGGAAAUGAAGCCAGCGCCGUCAUCGCGUCGUUAGAGUGUAAAAAACAAAAAUGGGUUAAAAGAAAACAAAAUGUGAUCGCCAUGGGCGUGGGACGGGACCUGGGAGGGAAGAGCAACUACAUAUUUUUUGGGAAGCGAAGACACCAACCCGGACCAUCCAAAACCCCCGGAAGCAGCGUAGUAGUGUUAGUAGCAGUGCAGCAGCGGCAGUAGCAAGGAUGAUGAACGUGUUGUGGCGAAGGCGACCAAGCGAUCCAAGUGGAAAUGUGUUCUUUUCUUCGUUUCUUCAGAUAAUUGUGUACUUUUAUUGUGAGUUGCAUCGAACCGAGCGAAGCGAAGCGAUUGUUCUUUGCUUUUGUUGUUAAACUACGUUUGUAAUAAUUUAACACGUUAGCUAAGCGUCCAUUUUGAGCGAAAGGUGUGAAUAGUCCCCAAACUGAAGCGCAUAGUUCAAGAAAAAAAUCCGUACCAUAAUUCGUAAACACAUAACGGAGCAGCCAGCAGUCGUACAGCCAACGGGUCUGUAUGCGAUUGAAACACUUUUUAAAAAGUGCACCACUAUUACCGCACAGUUGACACAAUGACGUUACCAUUUCAUCUCAGCGAUUAAAAUUUUAAUUCCUUACAUUACACAACUGUGAAACAGACGAACCGCAUGUAAUAGUCGCAGCAACCGUGUGGAAGUACAGAAUAAAAAAAAACAAAACUCGUAACCAUAGUAAUAGUCGACAGUCCUUGACAACCGAAAAUUAAAUAGAAAAACAGAAACUGACAGAAAUUCGCCCGAUGAAUCUAAGCAAAUGCAUCACAAAUCAAACUUUAUCUGGAACCAGAAACGAACAGAUCGCGACUCCUGCGUGACCCUAGGGGACAUGUUUAAAACCUUCAAAUCAAAUAGAAUGUGUAUACCGAUGGAAGCAACAUCCAAACCGCAAACAAACAAAACAGAAAACGUAAAACAAAGGAUCUAAAACUAAGUGUUCAAUAAAUGUUAAUUCAAGCUGUUAACGAAUUCUCCUUAAAUAACAAAAAAAAAACAAGAGCAAACACAAAUAACUCUUUUUUCUCGUGUAAGAAUCAUCUAAUUUAAUUUAAACCUACUUUUUUUCGGAACAUUAGUGCAAUAUUUAAGGCAAACAUUACCACCAAUCCAACCAACCUGCAGCGAUCCAUGUCAUCUCAUGUCGGAAUCAUCUCACCCCAUAUGCGCACCCAAAGAACAAACGCAAACAAAAAAAAAAUGUAUCGGAAUCCAAUCCAAGCGAGUUUUACGCACCCCCUUUUUACUCAAUUACUGUUCCUCCUUGUCCUACACUUACAAUAGAUCACUUCCACCGGCAGGCGACAGCACCACCACACCUGUGCGCUUCACGCAUUAAGUAAGUCACUGAAAUAAUACAAUAUUGCCGUUAUUGAGAGAGAAAACUACAGAAAUAUCUAAACCAAACUAGCGACAGUCGAAACAUCCAAUCAGAAGUUGUUGAAUCAGCUCUUACUUGUUGAAGAUAAAAAUCAGAAAUAUAUAAACCAUUCAUGCAACAUGAGAAAAAAAACAAUACAACUGUAUACUGAAUGUUACCAAUUUACAAAUAACACACACACAGAGAGAAACACAACGCGUCAGUCGAUACCUAAACGUAAACGGAAGAAACAAAAAUCACCGCAGCAGAAACUUAUGGAUUAUCAUCAAAGAAAAUAAAAGUGUCUAAAACCGAACAAUGAUUGAAUGGGUGUAGUGUGCUGGAAAUAACGAUAAGUGUUCGAGAAGUAGGCGAGAAAGGUGUCCGCAUAAACACACAUCCAUACAGAAAGAUCGUUACCACAUCACAGAACAUUUAAAGUGCUUUUUAAAACCGAGUUAAAUGAGUGUAGAAUUUUAAAAUAGCUAAGGAAUGGGAAUAUUAGGAGGAGAAACAAAAAAAAUAACGUGAUUGGUCAGAAUUUAGGGGGUGAAAUCUAUGCGCGAUAAACGUAAUGGAUUCAAUUGAGUGAUUUGCAUCAGUGUACGACGACAGUGGCGUCAGUGGACAAAAUAGGAAUGAUUACGUUGGUGUCUCUGCUAAAUUCUUCCCUCGCUAUGCACCUUUCACUGUCAUAAACUUCUACUACUACUACUUCUCGUGGAUGUUGUCCUGGCUACUGUACUAAAACUGCUCUCUAGUACUUCCUUCAGAUCCCGAUCAAAAAGAAAAAGUUUCGUGAUGUUGAAAGUAUUCUAACGUUUUGAAAUGUCUUCAAGCUGGGUGAUCGAUCCAGACUGUAAUGUCCCUUAGAAGAUAUGUUAGUCAAAAUUACCAUAUUUUCUUGAAUAUGCCGAGCGAUAGAGACUAACAAAUCAAUUAGAUACGUGAAUUUUGUGUUGGAAUCAUUACGGUGUAACUUCAAUGAUAAAAUUCUACACUGUUACUUCAUAAGGGCCCAACUGACAUGAGCGACUUAUCUUCAUCGAUUCUCUUUUUCGCUAAUAGCUUCGAUAAAUUAGAUAAAUCUAUAAUAAUUCUAGUUAAUGAAGCAAGAUAUAGUGAUUCUUCAUUCUACAGCACGAAAAUAUGUUACGAAAAGGGAAUCAGUUCACUGCAAUAAGGCAAAGAGAGCAACGAGAAAUCUAUUAAUGCAGAUGAGCUCUUAUGAAAAAACAAUGCUGAAUUGUCUUCGCCGAUUUUAUCUUUCGCUAAUACGUUUUUGACUUUCAUUCUUGUUUCAGUAGAAAGUUCUCAAAACCUAACAAAAGUCUACUGAAUUUUGCGUAACAUUCCGAAGAGAAAAACGAUGAAGAGAAAUCAGUCUGUAAAGUUACGCCUAUAUGAUACCAAAUGCAAGAAUUGUACUGCAGCGUUGUUCCGUUUUGUAGCCUCAAUACAACAAAAAACUAAAAUCGACUUGGACGGUUGAUAAUAAUUCAGUUUCAUGACUUGUAGCAUGGCUCAGAAGCUGGCACGUUUUUCAAUAGAAAAAAAAGUCGAACGAGAUUUGAAUUUUUCAUUCCAUGAUAUUCAAAUGAACUACUUUCUUUUGGAAAACGGGGUCGUUUAUGACGACUUGAACGUGAUAAAGGCUUAACUGACAUAAUCGAUUUCUCUUCAUCGAUCCUCUCUUUCACCAAUAACUUCGCUAAAUUAAAGAAAUCCAUCACAUUUCUUGUUUAUGCAAGAUAAAGUGAUUCUAAACCAUACGGUACAAAAACAAGUUACGCAAAGUGAAUCAGUUUUCUGUAAUAAUACGAAGAGAGCAAAGAAGAUGAGAAAUUGAUCAUUGCAGAUAAGUCCUUAUGAAAAACAAAUAUCGAUUUUAGCUAUCUGACGCUUUUCACUGCUUUUCGAACAUCGUUCUAGAGUCACAGUGUCAAUUGACAGUUUAUCGAUGAAAUUUGAUAGCUUUCGUUUCAAUCAACACAAGAUAAACGGCAAAUUGUAGUAGAACAUGGAUUAUGACGGCUGAAGCGAUCUCAAAAUGCAGGCAGGAUAGCUCAAUGUUUCGGAAGCUUCCAAUCAAGAUUUCAAAGCAGAUGGAUAUUCAUUAUAUUCACAGUUAAUACAGUUCAUUUAUUUUGCUUAAAAAAGAUCCGAUGUCUGGUUUGCAUCGUUUGAUAGUUAAACGAUAAGAUAAAUUAUCGAUGUAACCCAGCUUGUUAAAACGGCUAAUGGCUGCCGUCAAAUCGCACGAUCCCUACCUGAAAGCGAACCUGCUUGCAUAAUCGUGCGAUUUAACGUUUGGCUUGGCCUUUUCAUGUGACAGGUCCGUCUAUGCAUUUGUUCACGUUGGUGUAGGACCGGCGCAAAUACAGGACUGUCUUCUCCUUAGAAGAACUACUGUCCAAGUGCUUCAAAAUCAGCAGUUUCAUGAAAGGCCUAUUGAACGGACCCAAGUCAAACGUCAUAUCCUUUGAUCCCUAGCAGAAAGCGAGGCUAUUUGCGGCAGUCAUUGAUGCACGUAAAAGCUGGAUUGAUUAUUAGUUGACGAUACAAUAAGCCAGGCCUUAGCUCAGUCCAUCCCUAUCAUAUUCCAAAGUUAAUCUCUAUGCAGCCGUUAUUGCUUGUAAAUGCUCAAUAUUCGGUUCGUCUACACUGAAACAAAUCAUCCUCAUCAAAGUGAAUGAAAGUUCUAAUAAUUUCUUAGAAAUUCCUCCUCUCUGAUCACCGCCAAUUUGAGUAUCCACAAUCAUCCUUCGAUCAGUGGAAACGCCCUCGCUCCAAAUUCUUUUCGAACCACUUCAUCAACCACGUUUUCGGAAACCGUCCGGCAAAACUUCAGUUCAGUGCAACACCUACCACCCCGACGAAGUGAGUGUGAGCCUACGAACCCCAAAGAACUCUGCUGUAAAACCGUGCUAGUCGAUAAGUGAAGAAAUUCGCGAGUGUCCCCCGUUCCCCGUUGAACACCAACCCGUUCGAUCGAUCAUUUCCGGAAGUUGUUGGUCCUCCAAAUCGGUUGAGCUCGACGGACGGUGCUUCUGAACCGCCCCGGUCAAAGUGGUCCGAUUUCGAAGAUCGUCCACGUCCAGCUUUGAUCGAUCGAACCUUCACCCCCCGCCCUUUAGCGUAAGAUUGCACUGAAUGGCCGAGCGAAGACGGUAGUCGGAAGUGGGGGAUUUGUGGCUUCGGGAGUUUGGCGAGGUGCCUCAAACGACGAUGAGGUGAUCCGGAUUUGGAACAGAUUGUUUGAUGAUCAUGGAGAGGAUAAAGGUAGGGUUGCUUCGUCGAUCAUCGAUCCAAAUUUGUUACGAAAAAUGCUAGAAAAACGCGAAUCAAAAUGGCUAUGAUUCACCAAGCAGGCGUGGUUUCUGUGAUGAAGUUCAGAGCUCCUUACAGAGCAAGUCAUGGCAUAGAAACGAUCAAAAUGUACGAAAAAGUAACGAACAAACGUGUGACUGAUGUCGUUUGACAGUUGAUCGAUCUUAUCAUCGAUCAAUGUCAACCAACACAAGACAGACGUAGAAUCGCGCGCGCAAAAUGAUAGAUAUCGAUUGAUUUCGAUCGUCUGACACUUAAACGAUAAGAUUUGAUCGUUUUUAUGUCCAACCUUUCUGUUUCAAGUAGAAAAUGGCUUGCCUUGGUGGCCACUAGAGUGGGGCUAGCGAAUUACUGCACCUACUGUGAUUAUAGGAUGGAAAACCAAACAAAAAUGUUAUCGAAUGUGUUCUAUGCAAAAUACAAACUACAAAUGUAAAAAAAAUGUAUGAAAAAUAUGCAAUUCUCUAUCAGAUGGUAUGUUUCAUCGAUGUCAACGAGAAUGGUUCAAACUCUUCAAUUUAGUCCCUCGUCGUCUCGAAUUGUUGAUGAUGAAAAAGGAAAAGUAUUAUGAAACUAGUUUUAUUUAAUGUUUAGUGACACAAUCGUAGGAUUCAGAACCAUGGUAGAGCAUUCAGACGUACCAGCGAACGAAAUCGCAGUUAGAUCCGUGUAAAUAGCUUAGAGAAGAGAGCGAGAAGGGAAUUUAGAAGCAAGCAGCUGACAGCUGGUUAGAGUAAAAGGAUUUCCAGCAGCUCAGAUCGAUAGGGAAGCAAGAGUAACAACACAAAGAGGAUAUAUUUUUUGACGUCACUUUUAUUCUUAGUAGAAAGGUGUGCUGUAUUAGGAUGUACGUGUGGUACGGGAGAACAAUGGAAGCUAGAGCUACCUUUCCGCGUGUCUUCACACACACAAGUCCAUCGAAGUAGCCAGGUCGUCACACGUACCUUCUAGAAUACACACGCAAACACAUACGGACCCCGCGUUCAAAGAAGGACCGAGCCUAGUCGAGUAAUUCUUUCGUAGAAAAAAAAGAAGUGUUUGUAGCAAACAAACUAAAAAAAGAAUGCCUUUUUCAAAAGUACAAAUAACUCACACACACUCUUACGAACACAUACACACACAAACGCACGUUUGAAACACACCAACACGAGCACACACGGAAAACACUCGCUAAAAACACACAGAGAGAAGAUUUAUUUAGGAAACAAACAAAAAAUAACCAUCAUUGCUGACUCCAAGAGUAUCUAUUUAUGUGUAGUAAAGCAGUGCAAAUGCGUCGAAGAAGCAUCGAUGCCAGUGUAAAUAUCUCUUUAGUAGCAACGGAGGAAUAGACGGAAGAAAGGCAAACGAGAAUAACGUCAUAAGCGCUUUUGUGACAUAAGUCAAAAACGUCAACGAAAGGUCGAUGAUCGAA